AGUAGUACAUCCUACAAACCUUACGUGGAGACAGUACAGACAGUCCCUCAACCAGUAACCAGCAAGGAUGGCGAUCGCCGGUCAAGACGUUUUGACGCAUUCUUUUCUAUUGUUUUUGAUAUAUUCUUUUAUCGACUCAGCUACGCCUGCAAAUUUUGACUAUGACUUUGUGACAUGUGGAUCAGCUCUAAAAAUAAAGAACUCUGCUCACAAUGUGCGGCUACACUCGCAUGAUGUCAAAUAUGGCUCUGGCAGUGGACAACAGUCUGUCACGGGUGUGGACUCGUCUGAUGACCACAACAGUUACUGGCAGGUGCGGGCCAAGACUGGUGCUACUUGUUCCCGGGGGUCGCCGGUCAAGUGCGGCCAGUCGGUCCGACUAACCCACGUGGCCACCAAGAGGAACCUGCACAGCCACCACUUCCAGUCCCCGCUCUCUCACAACUUGGAGGUCAGCGCUUUUGGCGAGGCCGGGGAAGGGGAUGAAGGAGACAACUGGGUGAUCGUGUGCAGCUCCAAGUACUGGAGCCGGAACGACAGAGUGCGCAUCAAGCACGUCACCACCGAGUACUUUCUACAUGUGAGCGGAGACACGUACGGACGCCCCAUCCACGGGCAAAGGGAGAUCAGCGCCUACCCAUCGGCCAACGAUCUCAACUACUGGCAGGCGGCUGAGGGGAUCUACGUCAAACCCACGGAAACGAAAUCUGGGACGGCUGCCUCGUCAGACGAUGAUGAGGACGGCCCGCUGCAUGAUGAAUUUUAAUGUCUGAGGGUGUGGGUCGUACUGCGGUUUUUUAAAGAAAAUAUUUAUUGAUGUUUUGAUGCUGGGAUAAAUGUCUGUAUGAAAUGUGUCUUUAGAAGUUGUGAGGAAGGAAAAAGUGUAAUGAAAUUAGUGUGAAAGUAGUCUAUUUAAAAAUGUUUUUUUGUGUGUGUGUGCUAAUGUGCGUGCGUAUGUGAGUUCUUGUAUGUGUGAGUGUGUGUGAUUUGGUGUGAGUGACUGAGUGAGUGUGUGUCUGUGAUUUGGUGUAAAUGAGUUUGUGUGUCUUUGUGUUUUUAAUGAGAGAAAAGGACAUAGGUCUGUUACAUUUGUCUCUAUUUUUUAUUAUAACCAAGUACAGUAUAUAUAUAUAGUCGUCCAAUCUUUUGUGUUUUGACCGAUGAUUUUGAAGUAGUAUAAAUAGAAUCAGAAUAGCUUUGCAACUGCGGUAGACAUAGGGGAAGUGAACUGCCCAAGUAGGCCUACAACUUCCGUCCCUUCAGAUCUUGACUUUCUUGAUGUGCCCCCCCCCCCCCCCCCUGGAGAGAUGUACGGGUAGUCAAUACAUUUGGAAUCAAGGAAGAGAAGUAAGGGUGUGUCCUGCCAUUUGACGAGUGUGAGUUAGACAAAAAGAUGUCAAUAACGCUGAACAAGCAGAAAUGGCUUACCAGGUAUUCAGAUGUAUAAAGCCCAAAAUUGAAACUUUUUUUUUCGUAGUAGUUUCUUAGUUGUUGUGGCAGCUGCAUAUUGUUGAGUCGAGAAAUAUUUUGUCAAAAUUCAAAUUUUAAAUGUUAAAAAGAAAGCAA